AUGGAGAGGUUAAAUCAUAUUGUGGACAAAGCCAAAAGAUUAUCCAAACCAUAUUGGACCCUUCCAAUCUUCAUAACUCCUUUGGAGGAACUUGGCGAGAGGAUGACAAAKAUGGAAACACAUGUGUCCAAGAAGCUUGAUGUAUUGGACAAGAAGGUGAAUUAUUUUCAGAUAUUUGUUCCUGCUAUGGAAGAAGACUGA